CACAGUGCAGCGGCUGCGCACAUUCAGCGCCUUAUCCAGGUUGUGUACACUUUGAUUUCCAGCAAUGGCUGCUUGAGGAGUUGCGACAUUGAACAUACACUGCCGGUUUCAAACGAGCCACUAACCACAAUAACAAGAAGACCAACUGGACCUUUCACAGUGUAGCAUGUGCUUAGAAAUAAGAAAAUAAUAUUUAUUUAGGACGCGACAAAAUGCGCAGAGUCGCUUAUUCACCACCAGCAACUUCUGACUGAACAUUUACACUCUAUGUAUUUACAGAUGAAGUGACUUGACAAGAGUCCUAAUUCCUGGGGAACUACAGUUGGUCACAUGUGCUUACUUUUGCAGUCAUGCGAUUCCCCAUAUCAUAAACAAUGAUGACUACUUGACUAUGCGAACGCUGAAAAAGUUCUGAAAGCAGUUUGCGUCAACGACGAGCCACAAAAACUCCUCAGCCUGGUUGGUAAGUUUGGACUUGUGGACACUAUGGUUUGAUGAGCACAUCUUAAAAUUGUUGCACUUGAACAUUUACCAUGGCCCUACAUGAUGGAUGUUCUGCUACCUCAACUGUGGAGGAUCAGGAGGACGAGGAAGCACCACUGCUGCAGAAACAAGCAGAACAACUUACAGUGCAUCCUCAGUGCUGCUCUGUCCGAUACAACCUGGCCUUCAUGAUGUUCCUUGGCUUCGCUGUGGUGUACGGGCUCCGGGUCAAUCUCAGUGUCGCCAUGGUCGCCAUGGUCAAUACAACUGGUAUCCAGCCAUCGUUCAAUGUCAGUGAAUCAAUGGAAUGCCCAGCAUCUUCUACUACCUCUAAUAGCAGCAGUGAAAAUCCCAAUCAGCCAGAUGGGGUACCAAGAUACCCAUGGAAUCCUGAGACUCAGGGAGUGCUGCUGGGUGCGUUCUUCUUUGGGUACCUUUUCACCCAGAUCCCCGGGGGCUACCUGUCAGGUCGCUGUGGUGGGAGUAAGUUCCUGGGAGGAGGAGUUUUGUGUACAGCAGUCCUCACUAUCCUCACUCCUCUGGCUGCUGAGCUCGGGGUCAACUGGCUGUUUGCUCUAAGGGCCCUGGAGGGUUUUGGAGAGGGUGUGACAUUCCCUGCCAUGAUGGCUAUGUGGGCCUGCUGGGCCCCUCCAUUGGAAAGAGCUCGUCUGAUGACUAUCUCAGGAGCUGGAGGAAAUUUUGGUGCUUUCAUUGCUUUCCCUCUCACAGGCUUCAUAUGUCACAGUCUGGGCUGGCCUGCAGUCUUCUACUCCUGUGGGGGAGCAGGAUGUCUUUGGGCAGUACUGUGGUUCCUCAUGGUGUCGGAUGAACCUCACAGACAUCCAAGAAUAAGUGACCACGAAAGGGAAUACAUUAUCAGCUCUAUAGGUUCAGAGGGAGGCUCGCAUGGUUGGUCAGUGCCGCUGUUAUCCAUGGUGCGCUCAGGCCCUCUCUGGGCCAUCAUCAUCACACAGAUGUGCGCUAACUGGUCUUACUACACACUUCUUACCUCGCUGCCUACCUACAUGGACACAGUGCUGCACUUUGACCUGCGCCAGAACGGCUUCCUGUCGGCGAUACCCUACUUGGGUGGCUGGUUGUUCUCCGUGCUCUCAGGUGUGUUCGCGGACAAACUUUUGGAGAGGGAGAUACUGAGUGUAACGGCUGUCCGCAAAAUUUUCACUUUUGCAGGUUUGCUCAUUCCAGCGGGACUCCUGGUAGCUGUUGGUUUCUCCGGGUGCAGUGGCAUUCUGGCUGUUACCUUUCUCACUCUGUCCACCACUCUCGGGGGCAUCAGUGCAGCUGGAGUCUUCAUUAACCAGAUCGAUAUUGCUCCUCAGUAUGCCGGCAUACUGCUUGGGAUCACCAACACUUUUGGCACUAUCCCAGGGGUACUUGCGCCAAUUGCAACGGGUCAACUUGCCAAAGAUUAUACUCUGAUGGGCUGGAUGAAGGUCUUCUAUUUGUCAGCAGGAAUGAGUGUAUUUGGAGCCUUAUACUACGUACUGUUUGGCACUGGAAAGAUCCAAACUUGGGCACUCAGGGAGAACACGACAGAAACAGAGACAGAAGGAAAGCACUAAACUUGUUCUGAAAAGGACGCUAUGCAAAUUAUUUACUUGAACACAUAAUUAAUUUCUAAAUGACUUUUAUUAUUUUAUGCUCUUAAUAUAAUACAUGAAAAAAGAAGGGAAUAAGGGAAAGCAAUACGUUUGUUUAUAUACUUGAUGUUUGUCUAAUCCUGAAUUAUCAAUAACGUGGUUAAUGUUUAGGUGAAAAUAAGGACCAUUCCAUGGGAAUAACUGUUAUGUCUUAUAAUACUGGAAUGUCUCUAUAUUUUAUUUGACUUUGUAGAAAAUCUCACUUCAUGAAACACCAGCACCACCUUUAAAAAUGUGUCAUUUUUCAAACCGUUUUGUUUAUUCAACAAUUUGUAUACACUUAUAGGAACUUAUACGUUUUGUUACUCUCCUAUGUUUUUACACGGUUUAAUAUGUAAAUGUUUUUAAGCCACUGUAUGCAAUAAUUAUAGCACUGAAAUAUAUUGGAGUUACAUUCAACUGUAAAUUUGUUAUUUAAAACAUUUAUCAGUUGUAUUUCACAGAUCCAGUUCAUAGAAACGUUUGAUUUUGUGCUGAUUUUUAAAUUUUUGUUACUGUUAUAUUAUUGUUUUGUUUUUAAUUUUUUAAAUUUUAAUAUUUUUAAUAUGUAACAGCUUUAAUAUUAGUCAAUUGCAAUGCUUCAUGUCUUGUGGUAAAUAUACAUUACUAAAAGAUAAUAAAGGAACAAUUCAUGCUGUAAGCCUAUAUUAAUUUGCUUACUAUAAUGGCUACCUAGAUUUCUUAAUUUUUGUUAAACAUAUAGCAAAAACUUAAUUGUAUCAGGCAGAAGGUAUGUAAGUGUUAAAUAUUCAGUAUGUGAGGGUGCAUAGCAUAAUUAAUUAUAGUUCAUCUGUUCAUUCUGUGGAUACAGCAAGAAUCUCAUGAGGUGUUCUGAAGUUACAUAACAGAUUUCCAUGUAUGCUGGUAAUUUUUAAAAGUGCAUAAUUAACCAAAAGUUUUUUAAAAAAUGAGAAAAAUAAUUACAAGCCUGUUGUAAUUAUUACUGUUGUACACAUCCAGCCUAUGUCACACGAUCAGACUCAUGAUUUGAGUGAUGAGCAUGUGAUGGGAACCAAACAAGGG